AUGGCCGGCUCUUACGCGAAGAAAGGCGCCACACCAUUGAAGGGCUCUUCUGGGACAAAACAAUCAUCAAUAAAGCGCAAUUCGAGCAUCUUGAGUUUCUUCCAGAAGACCGACACGCCACCAGGCGCCACUUCCCGCCAGGCUCGAAUCACCCAAUUUGGAACGGCGACCUCACGUUCACCGAGCAGCGGCCGGGGGACUUCGGCAUUUCAGCGGGGAAACAAUUCAAGGAAUGAUGCUUCCGGUGGACUUUUUUUGGAGGAUAAAAAGGGACUGGCAAAGAUUCAACAAGCAGCAGCGACGAGCGAAAGAGAGCGAUCGCUGACACCUGAUUUCUGGGGUGAAGAUGAAGAGGGUUCAAAGGUGGAGGACAAGCGAUAUAAUGAGAGCGACUCGGCGGUGAAGCGGCGGAAAGUCGACUCUCCGGAUAACCAGGUCAACGAGACACAGCACUCAGACGCCGAAUUGGAGACUACAAGAACACCCGCACCCGCACCCGCACCCGCACCUACAAAGACACCGAAAAGGAGCGGACCAUUUAUCGAUGAGUCUGACAGCGAGGAUGAUAUGGAAGCAUAUCGGGAGCUUCAUGAGACUACACCUCCUUCUAGUAAGGAUGUGACGAAGGAGACAUCACGACUAGACCCCGAAUCCAAUACUACAAAAGCACCUACACCUGAACCAGUACCCGCAAAGACAGAGAAAAGAAGCGGACCGUUCAUUGAUGAAUCCGAUAGCGAGGAUGAUAUGGAAGCAUACCGGGACUCUGGAAUUCAUGAGCCCACAUCUACCUCCAGGGACGCAAUGAACGAGACAUUACAAAUGGAUGAAAUAGUGGCUUCGCACUGCACUUCUGAACCUACACCCCUGCCACUGGUAAGAGCCGCCACGAAUAAUGCCGAUAAUGAUGAAUACGCGAAUUUUGACGAUAUAGAAGAAGAGGACGAGCUUAUAGGGGAAGAGUUUCGAAAUCGGCCUUGGGAGGGCGAGGAACAAGAGCAGCAGAUCAACCUCGAGGUAGAUCCCGACAAAGAUUUAAACGACUGUUCGGGUAUAGAGGAUAUCGAGGGGGGAGUGAGGACAUGCCCUGUCUGCCAAAUAGUGUUGGGCGAGCUCAGUGAAAUGGAAAUCGCAGUGCAUGUCAACGACUGCCUUGAUGGCAAAACCAACCCUACCCCGGCCACAAUUGCACCUAAGGCCGCAGUGAAUCCGUCUUCGAAACCACUCGGCAUUGACAAAGGGCUGACACGCGCAGAGCGAGCUGCCAUUGCUCGGCCUGCGCAAGCUGAUCCCUACUCGCAUAAUAAAUCCAUUGGAGGUUCUGCAUUCUCAAAAAUGAUGGCUGGCAAUGCGGAAGAUACUGCCUGGGCUACUGCAGCCGCGAACGAAGUGUCUUCCCGCGGUAAACAAGCAUACCAGCGGACUUGCCCAUUUUAUAAAAUUCUUCCGGGUUUUUCUAUAUGCGUGGAUGCCUUCCGCUACGGGGCCGUGGAAGGAUGCAACGCCUAUUUUCUCAGUCAUUUCCACAGUGAUCACUAUAUAGGGCUCAACAAGUCCUGGUGCCAUGGGCCCAUUUACUGCAGUCGACCCACUGCCAAUCUUGUCCGCCAGCAGCUCCGCGUUGAUCCCAAGUGGGUAGUUGAUCUUGAGUUUGAAUCUACGACCGAAGUACCAGAGACGGGCGGAGUGCGGGUCACCAUGAUACAUGCAAAUCAUUGUCCCGGUAGCUCACUCUUUCUUUUCGAAAAGAGCUCCGGGAAUGGACCAAAUGCCCAUAACCAGCGGGUGCUGCAUUGUGGUGACUUCCGCGCAUCUCCCGCUCAGGUUCAACAUCCGCUCCUACGCCCCAAUGUGACCAACCCGGUCACAGGUAAGCCCAGACAGCAACAUAUCGAUAAAUGCUACCUCGACACGACAUAUUUGAACCCGAAAUAUGGCUUUCCCGCUCAGGAGGAUGUGAUCACAGCAUGCGCGGAGCUAUGCGUGCGCCUGAAUCAGGAAGCUGGUGUCGGAGCUGAUGCGGGGAAGAGUGGCACAGGUGGUUUGAUGGGCAAAUUUCUCUCCGCCACGGGGAACAACAAAGCACCCGACAAAGGCACGCAGGCUGGAGGCCGACUGCUCGUAGUCAUUGGCACUUACAGUAUUGGCAAAGAACGGAUAUGCAUGGGGAUUGCGCGAGCACUUGGAUCCAAGAUCUUCGCGACUCCACCGAAGCAGCGAAUCUGCGCCUGCUUGGAAGACCCCGAGCUCUCCGCGAUGCUGACCAGCAAUCCUCACGAGGCGCAAGUCCAUAUGCAAACCCUCUUUGAGAUCCGCGCGGAUACACUGGCAGACUACCUUGAUGGCUUCAAACCACACUUCUCCCGAGUCGUCGGGUUCCGCCCGACCGGCUGGAACUAUCGCCCCCCAGCCGGGCGACUACUCCAAAACCCACCAGUCUCCACUGUGCUGCACGGCGAACACUGGAAGUCACCAUACACCACCCAGGAUCUCACACCACAGCGGGGCAGCACGCGUGAAAGCGCCUGCUUUGGCGUGCCCUAUAGCGAACAUAGUUCAUUCCGCGAGUUGACCAUGUUCUGCUGCGCUUUACGUAUUGGGCGGGUCAUCCCGACGGUUAAUGUUGCCAGCCAGAAGAGCCGAGACCAAAUGAAGGUUUGGAUAGAGCGGUGGGAAGCCGAGAAGAAGAAGAAUGGGUUGUUUCCUGUCACUGGCGAUCGCUGGUGA